AGAGUAUUCGAUCAUCAUGCCUGCUUCUGCUCCUCUGGUCAGCGCCGGCGGCUCUAACGCCAACGACAACAUCACCCGCUUCGAACCCCCCAGCCGAGUGCUCUCCCCUCACAGCCAUACCCUCUUCCACAACAAGACAAGAUGUUUCGUCUACGGUAUGCAGCCCCGUGCUGUCCAGGGUAUGCUCGACUUCGACUUCAUCUGCAAGCGUAGCACGCCCUCCGUCGCCGGUAUCAUCUACACCUUCGGUGGUCAGUUCGUGAGCAAGAUGUAUGGAAUACCCCCCGCAUUGUCCUUGGCCUGGAAUACUGACCCCGUAUACAGGUACUGGGGAACCAGCGAGACCCUCCUGCCCGUCUACCAGGAUGUCUCCAAGGCCAUGGCCAAGCACCCCGACGUUGACACCGUUGUCAACUUCGCCUCUUCCCGUUCCGUCUACAGCUCCACCAUGGAGUUGAUGCAGUGCCCCCAGAUCAAGUCGAUCGCCAUCAUUGCCGAGGGUGUCCCCGAGCGUCGUGCUCGUGAGAUCCUGGUUACCGCCAAGGAGAAGGGCAUCACCAUCAUUGGUCCCGCUACCGUCGGAGGUAUCAAGCCCGGUGCUUUCAAGAUCGGUAACACCGGUGGUAUGAUGGACAACAUCGUUGCCUCCAAGCUCUACCGCAAGGGUUCCGUUGGUUACGUCUCCAAGUCCGGUGGUAUGUCCAACGAGUUGAACAACAUCAUCUCCCAGAACACCGACGGUGUCUACGAGGGUGUCGCCAUCGGUGGUGACCGUUACCCCGGUACCACCUUCAUCGACCACCUGCUCCGUUACCAGGCCGAGCCCGAGUGCAAGAUCCUGCUCUUGCUUGGUGAGGUCGGUGGUGUUGAGGAGUACCGUGUCAUCGAGGCCGUCAAGAACGGUACCAUCACCAAGCCCAUCGUCGCCUGGGCCAUCGGUACCUGCGCCAGCAUGUUCAAGACGGAGGUUCAGUUCGGUCACGCCGGUGCCUCUGCCAACUCCCAGCUGGAGACCGCUGUGAACAAGAACCAGGCCAUGCGUGAGGCUGGUAUCCACGUCCCCGAGACCUUCGAGGACCUGCCCCAGAUCCUGAAGGAGGUCUACGACGCCGAGGUCCAGAAGGGUGUCAUCAAGCCCCAGCCCGAGCCCGCUGUUCCCAAGAUCCCCAUUGACUACUCGUGGGCCCAGGAGCUGGGUCUCGUCCGUAAGCCCGCUGCUUUCAUCUCCACCAUCUCCGACGACCGUGGCCAGGAGCUCCUGUACGCCGGUAUGCCCAUCUCCGAUGUCUUCAAGGAGGACAUUGGUAUCGGUGGUGUCAUGUCUCUUCUGUGGUUCCGUCGCCGCCUGCCCCGCUUCGCCAGCAAGUUCCUGGAGAUGGUUCUCAUGCUCACUGCCGACCACGGUCCCGCCGUGUCCGGUGCCAUGAACACCAUCAUCACCACCCGUGCCGGCAAGGACCUGAUCAGUGCCCUGGUCUCCGGUCUGCUGACCAUCGGUUCCCGCUUCGGUGGUGCCCUUGACGGUGCCGCCGAGGAGUUCACCAAGGCCUUUGACAAGGGUCUCAGCCCCCGUGACUUCGUCGACGGCAUGCGCAAGGAGAACAAGCUGAUCCCCGGUAUUGGUCACCGUAUCAAGUCUCGUAACAACCCCGAUCUGCGUGUCGAGCUGGUCAAGGAGUACGCCAAGAAGCACUUCCCCAGCACCAAGCUGCUCGACUACGCCAUUGCUGUCGAGACCGUCACUACCUCCAAGAAGGACAACCUGAUCCUGAACGUUGACGGCUGUGUCGCUGUCUGCUUCGUCGACCUCAUGCGCCACUGCGGUGCUUUCUCCCCCGAGGAGGUUGAGGACUACAUGCGCAUGGGUGUCCUGAACGGUCUCUUCGUUCUCGGCCGUAGCAUGGGUCUGAUUGCCCACUACCUCGACCAGAAGCGUCUGCGUACCGGUCUGUACCGUCACCCCUGGGACGACAUCACCUACCUCCUCCCCGCCCUCCAGAAGGGUGGCUCGGAAGGCCGUGUCGAGGUCAACCUCUAAUUACCUAUACCGAAUUAUUAAUACUUUGAUUUUCCUUUUUCUUUUUCUUAUGCGGUGGAAGUGGCCAGUGUGGGAUGCUGGUAAUUUCGUCAAAAUCCGUCAUGUUAUCUGACGUUGGAGUUAUGAUGGCUUGCGUUUUGCAUUUGAUUUCCUUUUUCUCUUUUCCUUUUCCAACAUACAAUAUAGUGUGCACAUGUGGCAUGACCAGCUGAUAAGGUUGAUGAAUUCUACGCAACUGAGCAUGGUGCAGUAAGCAUCUGGUUUUAGACGAAUCACAAGACGGCAGUUGACCGUUCAAUUCAAUGUUU